AUGUUGCACAAAAUGGGCAUAAGAUCUGUAAUAUCUAUCAUCAGGUCUCCAUAGAAGAUUCAUCAUGUCAGGUUCACCUGAGAUUGAGGAACUACCAGCAACACAAACAGGGCCCAAAGGUGUGAUCCAUGACUGGAGGAAAUUCAAACUUGAGAGUGAGGACCAUGAAAGCAUCCCUCCCAACAAGAGAGAGCUCCUCAGACAGAUGUCCAACCCCAAAUCCAAUAAUGACGACACCCAUGGAAAGAUAGGCCGCAAGAUGAGCGUUCAGGAAUACGAGAUGAUCCAAGAAGAGGACGAAGCGUGUCUGCGUAAGUAUCGCAAGCAGUGCAUGCAGGAGAUGCACGGACGGCUGAGUUUCGGGCCUAAGUUUGAUGCCGUGUUUGAGUUGGAUAGCGAGGAGGCCUUCCUGGAUGUCAUCGAGAAAGAGCACCGCCUGACAGUAGUGGUGGUGCACAUCUAUGAUGACGGGAUCGGAGGUUGUGACGCACUCAACAACUGCUUGACCUGCCUGGCAGCAGAAUAUUCCGCCGUCAAAUUCUGCCGAAUCCGAGCCUCUGCCACCGGGGCGGGCGAGCGUUUUUCAGACGACGUUCUGCCCGCCCUGCUGGUGUACAAGGCUGGAGAGCUGCUGGGCAACUUCCUGUGCUUCACAAAGCACUUGAAUGAGGAGUUCUUUGCCACGGAUGUGGAGAACUUCCUAAAUGAGUACGGUCUGUUGCCAGAGAAAGAGAUUGCAGCCUGUCCCGAUGAGGAAGAGAACACUGAUGUUGACUAAAGGAAAAUUUAAAGGGUGGAAGUGAAUUAUAUUAGUCAACCUGUCAGACUUGUUUCUGAGAUAGAUCGAGUAUGACUCUGUGACUACUGGGCCAUGACUCCAAAAAACACGCUCACCUAAAGGCAUUUACGAACACGUCAUUUACAGCAGUUCAAUUCUUCGUAGGGUUAUCAAAGUCAUACAGUCAUGCUCGUUUCAUUACCAAUGAGUUUCCAUGACUUUUUGACCUUUCCAGUAGCUUUUGAUUACUGAAAAGUAGAAGAAAGUGAAACAACUGAUUGAUUUGUCAGAGCCAUCUAAGACAAGUUUGAGUCCCAAACUGAGGUCCUUUCCUGAUCCUGUUUCUCCUCAGACUAUUUAUCUCAAAGGCAAAAAUGCCCCACAAAUAUAAUUUUCAGGGGAAACAAAUAUUUACUCACAAAUUGCACGUUAGUAUGGUUUGUGAAGAAGCAGAUGGAAUAUUUUAUUUUGAAUGUAAUUAAUUGUAACAUACACUACCAUUCAA